GAAAGAAAGAAAACGAAAGAAAACGAAAGAAAAUCUCAGGGCUUUGCUUUGGGGCACCGUCCAAAUCAUUGGGGAAGGGAAAGCAGUUCAAAGUGUGAUGCGUUUUCAGACUGCUGGUCGCAACCAGAGAUCCAGAGGGUUUCAUUAUGUCAAGCUGGCAUUUCAGUUGACAUUGUUGACUGUGUUCAUCUGGUUUCUAUACCAAAUCACACACUCAAACAAGGACCAUUUAGGAAAUGCAGAAACCAAGUUCAAGGAAGGGCAUGAUGCUAUCAAUCUGGGGCGUAAGCGGAAUGUGGGGCAGUUGAGUGGAGUUAUAAAUACAGCCAAUCAAGGAGAUGAAAAUGUAGAAGUAGUAGGAGGUAAACAAGAAGACCGAAGUGGUGGAGAUGUUGUAGAGAAGAAGGAAAAUGAGAAGGAACUAGAUAAAUCAUAUAGUUUGAUAACAAAGAGUGCUGACAAUUUUGAAAGUGAAGUAAAAGUGAAAGAAAAGGAUAGAGAAGUUUCUAGUCAAGAGAAUUUGCAAGAGAGACUCGAAAAUCCUCAGAGAGAUGUGACAAAUCUUGAUGGGGUAGGAGAUCAGAAGGACCUGGAAAAACAGAUUAAUUCUGAUGAACAAGGAGAUUCAAAGGAUUUAGAUGGACAGGUUAAGAAACCCCAUGAAGAUAGGGAAAUUAGUACCCAUACUGUUGUAGAAAGUAGAGAUCAAGUAGUGGGUGAAAAUAGAGAGCAUGAUGGAGAUAAAGACCUUAGAAGUGAUAAGAAGCUGGCAAUGCGGCCAAAUGGAACAGACAAUAAUCUUGUUCUUGGCCAGAGUACUGAAAUGACCACUGAAGAAAUUGGAUUCCAUGAUGAGAAUGGUGUUCCUCAAGAUGGAAGUGAUGCUCUAGACUUCACAAUUACUGAGUCAAGAGAUGGCGAAGCAAUUAAAGUUCAAUAUCAAUAAGUAAAGAACACAUCAUAAGUUUGAAAAAUCGAAUCAAGAUCAGUAAUAAGACCUUGAGUAGAAGAAGUGGUCACACGGACACUUGAAGCAUCAAUCAGGUUUGAGAAAUAGCAUAGCAAUAUUAUUAGUGUAAGAUUAGUCCUAUAUUAUAGCGAAGAGGGAAGAUGUCUUUGCAAGACAACAGUAACAGGAGAAUAAGAGAAGUAUAUGGUUUUCUUCUUUAUGAGAUUGUAAAUUUCUCAGGGAAUGACGGCAUGUUUUAUCAUAAGAGGAUAGAAGAUAUUUAGUAUUGUUAUAUAGAAGUUCAAUGUUAGCGUGUUGGGGAUAUGAGUUUGAAUCCGUUAGUGACAAGAAAAUUUCAGCAUGCCAUUUCUGCAACUCUCUGGUAUGGUUUAAUUAGGUACUUGUGAACAUGACAGUUUACAGAUACCUAUGAAACUAAUGAAAGCUGAAGUUCAGAUCCCCGCGCUAUUUUUGAAAAAAAAAAAAAAUUAAGAUUACAUCUGGUA